CGAGUCUGUCCCUGACAUCGAGUCAAUCAGACUGGUUCUUUCGGAAGUUAAAGAGGCUGAUGCCUCGCAUAAGUUUAAUUUCAUUUUAUUUCAACUUAACUAUAUUAGUUCUUAUUUCAUUCAUUUUAAACAGUUGCGCGCACUCUUUUUCAAGUCCACUAAACUCUGCUUCCCUUACAUGUCAACUCAGUUCUCGCCUUAUUCCCUGAAAUCGUGGUGUGAGUACCCGGUGCGGAUUUAAUUUUUGGAAGUUUUCGCUAAUUUUGAGGAAAGUACAUAGAAUUUCCUUUCCAAAAUAGGCAGGAAAAUUAGUGAAUAAUAUUACUGGAGUUUUAAAUUGGAAACCAAACACAAAAAGUAUCUAAAUGUGUUCGGUAGCAGCCAUGCCAGCUGAGCUGAUUUUAGGACAUAGUCCUCCAGUGUACAGUCCUCUGUUGUACAGUUCCCUGAUGGUCACGACGCCGCCGAUGACCAAUAGAUCAGUACCACCUCGAAUACGGCCUUGUAUUUCCUCAGGGUCACUAAACUUAGAUGGAUUAUUGAAGAACAGUAACGAUGUCAUAAAUAAACGGAAAAAGCGAGUAGUGUUUGCUGACGAUCGUGGUAGACCGCUCACUGAGGUUCGAGUGAUGAAAGAGCGCAGCAACGUACCACCCCUCUGGGCAAACAACUUCGUUGCGAAAGUUUUAAAAACUAGGGAAGCCAGUAGUCCCUGCACAAAAGUAUUGUCGAACAGCGGUCAGCAUCCAUGGGAAAUGUGUUUCGCACAACCGGCGAGCGACUACCUCACCUAUCGGCGGAAACUGGACCAAGAAGCAGUCAGUCUGGAGAAUGUCAUCAUCCGCGAGGCUGAUCAGUGUCUCGUUGGUACAGUAAAGGUAAAAAAUAUGGCAUACGACAAGGAAGUAAUCAUCAGAGUCAGUUCAGAUUGUUGGGUUACGCACGAGGACGUUCACUGCAGCUUCGUUGAACAACCCGGUGCCCGUCAGACGACCUUGACCAAUCUUUACGAUACCUUUCGCUUUAAUCUGACCUUGCCUGUCAAUUCGAAUGUCAUCGAAUUUUGCGUGCGAUAUCGCACUGAUGGUUCGGAAUUUUGGGACAAUAACGACUCCAAAAACUAUAUCGUCAAAAAAAAACAAGAGGUCGUGCUGGUAUUGAACCAUGCAGAUAUGAAUAAUGGAGAUGCAGCGCUGAUGAAGGCGAUGUCCCACCGGUCAAACAUCAACGAUGCAAUGAAAGUGAAUAUACCAACAUGGAGUGAAUUUGCAUCGUGGCAGCAUCUUUCUAAUGAUGCACCUUAUUGGUGAAUCCCCCUAUGCCAUAUGAUCGAUAUCUUCACGAUUAUCUAAGACGCAUCGAAAUAUUUUAAUCGAUUAUUGCCUUCAAUCAUGCAACCGGUGAAUAAAAUCAGGGAUGCGCGGAUGGUUAGAAAAAAGGUAUCUGGUACCGAGUUGCCUCGAAAUGUGUACGGGAAUCGAUUCAGGACUUCAGUAAAGGAGAGAAGAUACCUAUAAUAUAGAAGCAAGAACCGAUAAAAAGGGGGAAGUACAAAAAUGACUUUGUGUUUAAAGAGGCGACUAUGAGGGCUCCUAAGAAUUUCCAAAAUAUUAGGAAUUUCACUGGCUGUGGUUCAAAAUCCAAAAGCAAGGAGCCUUAAAGUA